AGAAAAUGGACAAAAAAAAUCUUAUUAGUACGAAUAUAAUUUCUAUUCUAAUUUUUUAUUGAUUAGUUUUUAGUCCACCUUGUCGAGCUUUGAUCAAAGGAACUUGUUUUUAUAGGUUCCAGUAUCUAGUUCGAUGAGUUGUGUGGAUUCUUUGUCGACAACAGAACUGAACCAAACUGAACCUAGCCAAUGAGUUUAGUGUUUGAUGUUCCUGAAACCGUAGUGUUGCGAAUCUGCACGGAAGUUCGUUGGAAUUGUAUCUGGAAUUUUGCGAUAUAAUAAAUGUGAAUGUGUGCAACGUAAAUAAACCUCAUUGACCUUUUAACCCCAUAAACAUUUCUUACCCUUACCGAAAUCCUCCAUUUGUUUGAUAAUUGUGUUGACAUCGUUUCAUCUCUCGGUGUGUUUAUGCCUCUCCCUCCUGCCACUAUUUAAGACCGUGACUGUGAAAAACUUUGAGAUUGUUCAAGCGAGAAAUAAACUCGUGAGAAAUAAACGGUUAUUUUGGAGUAAAUGAGAAAAUAACGAGACUGGAAACGAUGUCUAAUUGGCACGUGGGUGACUCUGUGUACGAUUCACAAAAUUUUAUUCUACGACUCUCCGAGAAUUCUGUUACUUCCUCCACUGAUAACUCUUCGCUGCAACGUUUUGCUGCAAAGAAGAAGACGAAAGAUGAGGGCGAUGUGAUUGUGAUCAGCGACUCUAGUUGUAGCCCUUCCCCUGAGCACACUAAAUUAAAAUGGAGAUCUAAAUCGACUUCUCGCAAUGUUCGGAAUAAAAAAUACCGAGAACUUUUAGAGAGUUCUUCCUCAGAGCUCGAAAAGGAAAAUGAGUCUGAUUCAUCAUAUGGCAAUAGAUUCUCAAAGAAAAAAUUUGCAAACAGAACUGAACAAAUUGACAGGUCAUCAUUAAUUUCCAACGAUUUGACUUCUGAUAGAUUAUUUGAAGCCUUACUAGCUUCUAAUAAUGUCUCGACUGAUAAAACUGGUAACAAUGCAAACUGUAAUAGAAAUCAAAUAAAUAAAUCCAAAAGAUUCAUUGGUGAAUCAAAGGGUCACAUUAAUGAUAGAAGUCCUGUAAUUAUAGAUCAAGAAAUAAAUUCGAAAGUAAGAGAAAAAUACAAUACUGAAGAGAGAAAUAAAGCAAUUAAACCAAGCUGUGCUUUAUAUGAUAGUUCCAAUGUUCUCAGUAAACAUCCAACUUUUAAUGCUCCAAAGAAGGAUAGCACAGGUAAAGUUGUACUUACAAAGAAACAUACGCAUAAAAUUUUACAGAAUAUAAAGUAUACACAGGUCACGUAUGAUUCGCCCAAAGAGAAAAAAGAAACCAAUGUAAUAAUUGACGAGAGUACAGAUGGAGAGGAAGACAUAAUGCAUCCAGCCUUAUCGUUUAAUAGAAAGGAUCCCAGUGACAAUUCCUACAGACCUCUGUCUGAAAAGAAAAAGAAUGAAAUUAAGCAGUGGCUUCUAACAAAUGGUUCUGAUUCUCAAAGCGAUAGUUCUUUCAAUACUAUACCCCCGAGUAACAGAAACAGUAAGUCUGGACAUAGCAGUCUAGAAAGAUUUGAACAGACCUAUGAAACUCCAAAUAACAGAGGAAAAAUCAACAAAGCAUGGACUGAUGAGAAACAAGAGACAAUUGUAAGUUCUGGCAAUGUGAUUCGUUCAGUCUUGGGGCAUUCUUUAGAACAGAUCUAUGAAACUCCAAAUAACAAAAAGCAAAUCAAUAAAGUGCACACUGAUAAGAAGCAAGAGGCAAUUGUAAAUUCUCCUUCAGUCUUGAUGCAUCCAAAAACAGUGGACCAAUAUUUUAAAAAGUCCAAGAAAAAGUCUGAAUUUUGCACACCAGAUAAUAAAUCAAAACUUUUACCAAAAGCACAAACUGACAAAAAAGCUACUUCAACAGUAAAUACACUUGAAACUAAGGUAACGGACUGUGCGGAUAUUUUGGAUAAACUGUAUGGUAGAGCAUGGAGAGAUAAAGCUAAUGCAGUCCUGCCAACGAAUGAACCAAGAAAGACAUCUGGUCAGUCAAUAAACAGGAUUGUUCAAACAAAACGGAAACCUGUAUCAAAAAAUCAGUAUCAUGAAGAUUCUGACGUGGAUAAAAAUAAUAUCAAAUCAAAUCAAAGAAGAAAUAUCCAACAAAAACAAAGAGAAAUGAAUGAUUUUAUCAAUGAUGAAUCAUUAUCAAGCAACGACAGUGAAAGCAUGUAUCAUAGUGCAUUAACAAAUCCUACAAUUUUUACAAGUAGCACCAAAUCCAAUCAAGUACCAGAUUCAAUUAAACGGCUUCAGCUAUUAUGCGAUUCGGACACUGAAGAUGAAAAUUAUAAAUCUAGCAGUCUCGGGAAUUUGAACAGAAGAAGAUUAUCAUUUAGCGAUGAAAGUUCGAGCACAAGUGAAUUUGAUCCUGGAGAUUAUGUACCACCAAAAUAUGUACAAAAUAAAGAUGUUAAGAGAUCGCAACCAUCCAAAGUAACAUCUAAAUUUCAAUCAAUGAUGACUAAGUCUAUGGAAUACGAAACCUUUCUAACAUCUCUAUCAAAUACGGUUCCAAUGCAUCGUGCUCAUCCGAAUGCAACGAAAUAUAGGCUACAUUAUAAGAAUAAUAAGGAAGAGUUAUGUAAGAAGUUGUACGGACUAUACAAUGAGAAAAUAUUUGACAAUGAGUUGCCUCGAGAUAUGUCAAUUGAAUGGAAUGUUCGUAUGACAAGAACUGCGGGAUAUUGUUAUAACAAAAAGAGUGUAUCAAGUUUUGGUGUCGUUAAAUCUUCAAGGAUUGUAUUAGCAACAAAGAUUUUAGAUACGCCAGAUAGACUAAGGGAUACUUUAAUACAUGAAAUGUGUCAUGCGGCAUCAUGGAUAAUAGAUGGUGUCUCAGAUGGUCAUGGACAUUUUUGGACAAGAUGGGCUAACAAAGCGAAAAAGAUAUUUCCUGAAUUGCCACCAAUACGUCGUUGUCAUAAUUACGAAAUUAAAUCUAAAUUUACAUAUAAAUGUACAGGCUGUGGAUACAGUAUUGGAAGACAUUCAAAAUCUUUGGACAUUGAGAAAAAGCGAUGUGGCUACUGUUAUGGAAAAUUUGAACUGUUAAUUAACAGGACAACAAAGUCUGGCACUGUGCACCAAGUGGAGACACCAAAGAGAGAACCUACCGGUUUCGCUCUUUAUGUGAAGCAGAAUUAUAAUUCAGUGAAAAAAGACAAGAGCAAUAUGAAGCACGCUGAAGUAAUGAAACUUUUAGGUCAGCAAUUUUCAGCAAUUAAAAUAGCAAAGAAAAAUGACGUAAUUAACAAUUAAAAAUGUCUUGGGGACACCUGGUUAAAUAUUUAUUGUAUACAAUUCGAUUGUUUUAGAAGUAUUUUUAGAAAUCUUGUACAAUUUGCAGUUUUAAUUAAUACUGAUUUUAGAGCAGGGUUUAGAGCUGAUAAUUGUAUGUAUUUAGAUUUUAAUAAUGGCAUGCCUUAUUACAGAGAUAAAUGCAUGCAAUUACAACGUAAAUAUUACAAGAUAUAUUUUAGAAAACUGAUCUUUUUUUACUAUUACAGGCAAUGGAAUUUAUGUGUGAGGUAUCUUAAGUAUUUUAUACAUUACACAUCUAUAUACACACACACAUGAGAUUUUUUAACUUGAAAUAUUAUUUACAACACGAGAUAUUUUGUAAACAUAGUAUUUAGAGAUGCGUACAAGUACUUUCUAUUAUUAAGUAGCAAAUAAUAUUUAUAACAUUAUUUAAACAGAAAUAAUGACAAAGUGCACGCUGAAAGUGUCACGUUGCGAGGACUUGUACUAAUUAUCUUAAUAAAAAGUUCGAUACGAGA